GCUCCUCCUCCUCCUCCUCCUCCUCCUCCUCCGCGCGCUCCAGACCCGCGGCCACAUCAGCGGGACUCGAGCCUCCUCUCUCCGGCCACCGGCGCGGUUCCUCCGUCACUCCGUCUGUCUCCUCCACCCGCGGCCCGAGGGAUUACAAAACAGGGGAGGACGGAGGAGGUGACGGAGCAGUCCCGUUAACAAACAAAAAAAAAAAAAAAAAAAGAAAGAAAAGUUUAAAGUGUUGCAAGGAGAGAAUCGGUGUCGCCUCCGCCUCCGGUGCUCCGUCCUGCCGGUGCUCGGCGAGCGGCUCUCCCGCCUCGGAGGCCAUGGGCUGCGGCUUGCGCAAACUGGAAGACCCGGAGGACAGCACGCCGGGGAAGAUCUACUCCACCCUGAAGAGACCGCAGGUGGAGACCAAGACGGAGACGGUGUACGAGUACGUGCUGCUCGACUUCAGCCUGGAAGGUAGUCGUCCCACGGUGCAAUAUGUGGCGUCGCUGUCCGAGCUGCCGCAGGCGCUGCAGCCCUACUACACCCAAGGCUACGUCCUGACCGCCCUGCACCCCAUCAUCCUGUCUGUGGGUCGAACCCGCUCGCUCCCCUUCAGCCUGCUCUACCGAGCCAUCCUGGCCCGUCCCAGAUCCAGUAAGCAGAUGGCGUCCAUGUGUCACAGCGCGCCCGUGCUGAAGGUGGAGGAGUGGCCGCUACCUGGAGACUCGCUGACGGGCGACACGGUGCGAGCCCUCAUCGACCGGGUGAACAGCAGCGCCCGCGGGGGCGUUCGAUUCGUCGGCUCGGUCCUCCAGCAGGUGAGCGGUGUCACCAACGGCCGCGUGCACAGUCCCAAGAGGAGCUGCCGCUCCCCGCCGCGCACGCCGCCGCGCACGCCGCCCGGAGACGGACGGCCGGAGGAAAACACCUACAGUCCAGACUUGAGGUUGCUGGUGUUCUUCCACGCCUGGGCUCCGGGCUGCGCUCCGCUCGACUCGCUGGCCUGUCAGUACCACCAGGGGGCGCUCUCCAUGCGCGUCUCCAGGAAGGGCCAGGUGGUCAGCUCCCUGGAGGCCGAUUGGCUGGAGCUGACCGCCGCCUACUACCGCCGAGGCUGGUCGCUGGUGGACUCCUUCGUCUACUGGGACACGCCCAAAGGGGAGCCGGUCCCCAGAUCGCUGGAGGGACUGUUUGUGUACGAGGAGAGAAGCACCGCUCCCCCCGCCAACGACACCAUUGUGGUCGAGCAGUGGACCGUCAUCGAGGGCACCAAUGUGAAAACCGACUACGGGCCUCUGCUUCACACUCUGGCCGAGUUCGGGUGGCUGCUGACGUGCGUGCUGCCGACCCCCAUCAUCCGUCACGACAGCGAUGGGAAUCUGGCCACCAAGCAGGUGGUGUUCCUCCAGCGGCCGGUCAGAGGUCCGGCGUCGUCGGGACAACCGAGGAACCAGGCUUCAUCCGUGCACGGUGACGUGUCCCGUCGCUCCGUGAGCCGGGCGGUCAGCCGCCCCGUCCCUCCGCAGGACGAGGAGGAGCCUCUGUCUCCCGCCGCAGGGGGCAUCGGGGGAUUCCCGGUGUUCGGAGGGGGGUACGCCGGUGCGCUGUCCCACCUGGAGGAGGGUGGCUUUGAGCAGGAAGAGGGCAAAGCUGAGGUCACCUGCAUGUGAUUAAAAACCUCGUUGGAUUCCAGACUUCCAAUCCAGAAGAACUCGGCACUUUCAAAAGUUUUUAAUAGCCAUAAUGAGGAUGAGGGAGACACUUAGAGCACAUUUAAAUUCACCUUUUUGUUGGUCCUGGGAAAUCACAGGGGCAGAUUUCUGCACACCGGUGGUGAAAUGAGGGAAAGGGACUCGACUCUUCGAUCCAGCUCGCAUGUCUUUCUAUUUGAAUUAGAUCAGUUUCACAUUUUUUUUUUAACACCCAUUUGUGUUUUAUUUUUCCUCACGUCCCACUAAAGUUACAGCUCAUCCCCUCUCCUCCGACUGGAUGUGAAUAUUUGAGUUUUAUUUGUAUACAGACAGUAUUUAUCCAAGGAGGGUUUUAAAGCUUCAGUUGUGUCAAUGAAAACAUCUUAAUGUUUUUUUUUUUAAUGGUACUGCUGAUUGGACAGAAAGGAGUCUACAAGACCGCUUUAACUAGUCUCUGCUGCAGACUACAGGCUACAUUAGCCCCUGAACCUGUGACGCAACUGUCCCGUUGCAUCGUGGGUAAUGUUGGAGUAUGGUUUAGAACUUGUGGUUCUACUUUUGUUUUGUAAAACUUAAAUCUGCAGGCCUUUUUACAAUGGAAUGGAUUUUUUUCUAAAGACGCAGCGCUGUUGUAAAUAUCUUGGAUUUUAGCAUGUUUAAAAUCAAACGUAUUCCAAUAACAUGUAAAAACACUUUGAUCCACAUGUAUUUUUCUUCAAUUUACCAGAGUAUAUUAAAUGUCAGUAUUAACAUUCCA